UGGGGUGGGGGGGCACCCCAGCCCCUGCCAGCCAACCCCACAUCACCGCCCCCCCCCACCCUUCAAGCAGCAGCACCACCACCACACACACAAAAAAUUGGAUACAUUUUGAAUAAAGCGAUUCGGUUCCUUAUCCGGGGACUGGGUUGCUCCGUGUGAUUGGCCGGCGGAGUCACAUGGUGAAAGUAACUUUACAGGGUCGCUAGCUAGUAGGAGGGCUUUAUGGAGCAGAAAAACGACAAAGCGAGAAAAAUUAUUUUCCACUCCAGAAAUUAAUGAUCAUGAGCUCGUAUUUGAUGGACUCUAACUACAUCGAUCCGAAAUUUCCUCCAUGCGAAGAAUAUUCGCAAAAUAGCUACAUCCCUGAACACAGUCCGGAAUAUUACGGCCGGACCAGGGAAUCGGGAUACCAGCAUCACCACCAGGAGCUGUACCCACCACCGCCUCCGCGCCCCAGCUACCCCGAGCGCCAGUAUAGCUGCACCAGUCUCCAGGGGCCGGGCAAUUCGCGAGGCCACGGGCCGGCCCAGGCGGGCCACCACCACCCCGAGAAAUCGCAGCCACUCUGUGAGCCGGCGCCUCUCUCGGGCGCCUCCGCCUCCCCGUCCCCAGCCCCGCCAGCCUGCAGCCAACCAGCCCCCGACCAUCCCUCCAGCGCCGCCAGCAAGCAACCCAUAGUCUACCCCUGGAUGAAGAAAAUCCACGUGAGCACGGUGAACCCCAAUUAUAACGGAGGGGAACCCAAGCGCUCGAGGACCGCCUACACGCGGCAGCAAGUCCUGGAAUUAGAGAAAGAGUUUCAUUACAACCGCUACCUGACCCGGAGGAGAAGGAUCGAGAUCGCCCACUCGCUGUGCCUCUCCGAGAGGCAGAUCAAAAUCUGGUUCCAAAACCGCCGCAUGAAAUGGAAGAAGGAUCAUCGCCUCCCCAACACCAAAGUCAGGUCAGCGCCCCCGGCCGGCGCCGCGCCCAGCACCCUGUCGGCAGCUACCCCGGGCACUUCUGAAGACCACUCCCAGAGCGCCACACCGCCGGAGCAGCAGCGGGCAGAGGACAUUACCAGGUUAUAAAACACCGCUCACACCCCUGCCCCCACCCCAGGCCCCCGCCGCCUCCCCUCACACACAGAUUGACUCUUAUUUAUAGAAUUUAAUAUAUAUAUAUAUUUUGGUUCUUUUCUCGCUUCCUCCCACCUGGUCCCCUCGUCAAUUCCAAACAGACAAAACAGAUAAACAAACAAGCUCCGGGCCCUGCUUCCUUCCACUGUAAAGCACCCUUUUAAGCAUGUGAUGUUGUCUUAGCAUGGUACCUGCUGGGUUGAUUUUUUUUCUUUUUAAAUGCCAUGGAUUGGGGGUGGGGGGGUAUUUAUUUUUUAAGAAAAAGCGAAAGAUGCAAAAAUUAUAUAUUGCAAGUGCGACGGUCUGGUUUGGGUGCAUUUCAGGGGAAAUGAGGAAAAGAAAAAAAAGGAAAGAGAUUUUUUUAAAGCCAAUUUUUGACCUCCUUCCCCCCUCUCCUUUAGGCCUUUUGCAUUGGAAAUGCACGAGGGAGGUUAGUGAGGGGGAAGUCAUUUUAAGGAGAACAAAGCUAUGAAGUUCUUUUGUAUUAUGGGGGGGUGGGUGGGAGGAGAGUGGGGAGCCGGCAGACAAAGCUGAAAUGUGGCUGAGGAGCGUCUCUGAGCUGUUCAUUUCCAGGAACCAAAAGAAAAUCAGAAUGAACUUUAAGUUGGGAAGAGGCAGUCUGUAGGUAGCGUUGCCCCCACCCUGGUCAUGGUGAUUGUGUUUUCGGACUGAAUUUACUCGAUUAUUGUAACACUUGCAAUAAAGAAUUUUAGUGUCCAUGUGAAGUGCCCCGUGAUCAAUAAUAAACCAGUGGAUGUGAAUUAGUUUUA